AAUAUAUAAUUGUUGAGAUAUAAUUGUGCGUAGUAGGCUGUGGAAGGGUUCUGUGUGCAAUUUUUUAGUGUACGUCUGUCUUGGUGAAAUGUUAUCGCCUGCGGUGAUACUAAUAUUGUUUUUGAGAGGUAUUUGCACUAUUAGAUCAGAAGGAAUGAUUGACAGAAUGGUUUCUAAAAAUGAAAAGAAUCUUCUAGUAUUCACAGGUAAUUGGAAUAAGUGUCUAGUUAAUGACACUUGUUCCCUUUCUGGAUUAACUCUGGGAAAAUCUGACGUAUCAACUUUUUCAGAUGGGGAAAUAAAGGUUGAUUUACAGGAAGAAAUUCUAGGAUGUGACGUGGUAAUAAUCCAGUCCACGUCCCCCCCUGUUAAUAGAAACUUAAUAGAACUCUUAUUCAUGAUUUCUGCAGCUAGAAAAUCAGGGGCAAAGCAAAUUACAGCAAUAAUACCAUACUUUGGAUAUGCAAGGCAAGACAGAAAACCCAGUCCUGGGUCAAAUAUAUCGGCGAGCGAUGUAGCCAGGAUGCUAGAGUUGACAGGUGUUGAUCGAGUUAUAUCAUUCGACCUCCACAGUGCUAUGUGCCAAGGAUUCUUUGGACCCAGGGUCCAAGUGGACAACUUGAGUGUUAUAAAAAUCUUUAUAGACCAUCUAGUAGGCUUUAACAGGGUUGCUGUGGUUUCGCCGGAUGCAGGUGCUUAUGCCAGGUCAAUUCAACUAUACGACAUUUUCACGAAGAAGUAUCCACAAUGUGAUGUUUCUUCAGCCAUGAUAUUUAAACAGAGGCUAAAGGCAAAUGAAUUGGCAAGUGCUCAAUUGUGUGGUGAUGUCAAGGAUCGUGAUGUAAUUAUAGCUGAUGACAUUGUUGACACAGCUGGAACUCUGUGUAAAGCGGCAGAAAUUUUAAUAACAAAUGGUGCAAAGAGUGUAACGGCCGUCAUUACUCAUGGCAUAUUUUCUGGGCCAGCAUUGCAGAGAAUAAGGGAAUCUCCCAUUACAAGAAUUCUAACAACGGAUUCUAUCGCACAUUCUGAGUCCGUCCUUGCGGAACCUAAAAUACAGAUUAUAUCACUCGCUCAGGAACUUUCAAGGGUAUUGUUAUCAGUAUAACUGAGUGUAAUUUUAGGGCUGUUAAUUAGCAUUCACGCCGCUGGCCAUAUAGAUCAGGUACCUUCUGACAUUAGGCUCCAUUACCCAAUUAACUCUCCUUUAAUCAUGGAAAAGGCUAAAUUAACACUUAAAUCCAGUUUUCAACGGAGUUUCGCAUGAUGUGUAAUACACAACCAGAUUAUUUCCAAUGUGAUGCUAGCAAAAUAGUGUUCCACUAGGUAAAGGAGAGUCAAUAUAAAA